CUGCAGUUCAAUUGGGCGACAAAAAAAAUCCGAACCCUUUUUUUUUUUCCCCCGUUUCGCUGUGGGUGGUUUGUGAGUACUUGGCGCGCCACGAUAAAUUUUAUAUAUACAGCCAUACAUAUAUAUAAAAAAUUUCACAAAGCCUCACUCACGCCCCUCAACCCCUCUCUCACAGAUCCGGUUGUGGGAUUUUAACGGCCUGUUAUUUUCUGCCUCUGAAAAGGGAGAAAAAUAAGGAAAUAUAUAUAGACAUAUAUAUAAUCAGAAGCCAUGGCCGCUGCACCUAGCCAGCGAGACGAGGCCCGCUCGUCGUCGGGGUCGUCGACCUCGUCGUCGGUCUCGGAAGAGGCCGAGUGGCUUGACGCCGACCAGGACGGCGACGACGAUGACGACCAGGAGGCGCUCGCCGUCAUCUCGCUCGUCGACGACCGCGUCUUCCCCGACGCCACCUCCAUGCUGGCCUACUGCCGCGACGAGCACGGCCUCGACUUUGUCGGCGUGCGCGACCGCCUGGCCCUCGACUUCCACGGUACCGUCAAGCUCAUCAAUUUCAUCAGGCAGCGCGUGCACGAGGGCAUUGCCGUGUCAGGUGCCGACAUCACGGCGGCCGACCUCGACGACGACGGCUACCUCAAGCCCGUGCUCGACGACGACGCGUUGAUCCUGUGCCUGGACGACCUGCCCGAGCCUGCGGGCACCGCUGCCGCUGCCGACGCUCCCCAUGGCGAUGGCGUCGACGGCCUCCUGCAGAAGAACGCGGAGCUGCAGGCCCAGCUCGAGCAGCUCGCCAAGCAGUUCUCCAGCUACCGCCUCGCCGUGCAGCAGACGCUGGACCAGCGCUGGGAGGACGCGCCCGCUGGUACUGAAAGCAAAGGCAAGGAGGCGGCUAAGCCGGCUGGCGAGGACGCGGGUGUUGUUGCCAAGGACGAGUCCGAGUACUACUUUGAGUCGUACGCGCACAAUGACAUCCACGAGGUCAUGCUCAAGGACGCGGUGCGCACCGACGCGUACCGCGACUUCAUCUACCAGAACAAGCACCUGUUCGCCGGCAAGGUCGUGCUGGACAUUGGCUGCGGCACCGGCAUCCUCAGCAUGUUCUGCGCCCGCGCAGGCGCGAAGCAGGUGAUCGCGGUGGACAAGUCGGAGAUCAUCGACAAGGCGCGCGAGAACAUCUACAGCAAUGGGCUGGGCAACGUCAUCACGACGCUCAAGGGGCGCAUCGAGGAGGUAGUCCUCCCGGUGGCGUCGGUCGACAUCAUCGUCAGCGAGUGGAUGGGCUACUGCCUGCUGUACGAGGCCAUGCUGCCGAGCGUCAUCUGGGCGCGCGACCGCUACCUGGCCGCCGACGGGCUGCUGGUGCCUAGCCACGCGUCCAUCUGGAUGGCGCCCGUGGCCGAUGCCUCCUACGUGGCCGAUAACAUCAGCUUCUGGCGCGAUGUCUACGGCUUCGACAUGGCGCCCAUGCAGCGCGGCAUCUUCGCCGACGCCCGCCCCGACGUGCUGCCCGCCGCUGCCGUGUGCGACGCCAGUGACACCGCCCGUCGCGCCUUCCGCGUGCUGGACCUGCACACCACCACUGUUGCCGACCUAGUCUUCGCCGCCCCUUGGCACACCACCCUCAAUGCCGCCACGGCCCCCGCCGACGUCGACGGCUUCCUCGUGUGGUUCGACAUGUUCUUCGCCCAGUCGCGCCACGUGCCACCCGACAUGAUCGGCCCCGCCACCACCGCCCUCGACUGGGUCGCCGACCCGGCCAAGCGUGACGCCGGCCUCGUCGCCUUCACCACCGGGCCCUUCGGUGCCCCCACCCACUGGCGCCAGGGCCUGCUGCUGCUCGACGACAGGAACAAGAAGAAGCUCGCCAAGGUCGACGCCGCCCAGAAACACAUCGGCGGUGUCAUCGAGUACGUCACCCCCGACGGCCACGCCCGCGGCGUCAACAUCAAGGUCUCGUUCGGCCCCGACGGCAAGGACGACAAGCAGGACCAGACUUGGUUGUUGCACUAAACAUGCGAGGUAGGUAGACUAAAAAACAAAGGAGAAAUUUGGGUUUGUAGCGAGAACGCUUCCACAUAGACAAUAAAUAGACAUUUGCUCUUGCCCUUGCUGUUAC